AUGUACAGAGAAACUUUCGCACGUAAUUAUAAAUGUAUCUUUUCCACAUUUACACGCGUAUCGCAUAUCUAUCCCUGUGCGAAAUCAUUUGGUAGAAUUUCUGCAUUAACACCAAUACGAAUUCGAGAAUAUGCAUCUGGCAAUACUAAAGAAGAGGAAGUCAUGGCACGAAUGGAAUCCAUGCGUGCGAAGGCACAUUUGGGAGGCGGCAUGAAUAGAAUUAUCACUCAACAUAAAAAGGGCAAGCUAACCGCUCGGGAACGCAUUGAUUUACUCUUGGAUCCGGGAUCUUUUCAUGAAUAUGAUACUUUUGUAGAACAUCAAUGUACAGAUUUUGGUAUGGAAAAAAACAAGAUCAUUGGUGAUGGUGUAGUUACUGGACAUGGCACGAUAAAUGGCCGAAGAAUUUUUGUAUUUUCUCAAGACUUUACUGCUUUUGGCGGUAGUUUGUCAAAAAUGCAUGCCCAAAAGAUUUGUAAAAUAAUGGAUAAAGCUGUAUUGGUUGGUGCGCCAGUUGUUGGCCUGAAUGAUUCUGGUGGUGCGCGUAUUCAAGAAGGUGUAGAUUCCCUUGCUGGAUAUGCAGACAUUUUUCAAAAGAAUGUCUUAUCAUCUGGUGUUGUACCUCAGAUAUCAUUGAUCAUGGGUCCAUGUGCUGGUAAGAUUCAUUGUUUAUUAAAGUUUUCAAAAUUAACAACAGCAUAUCCCGGAUAUGAUGAAAUUAAAUUACAUUUUGUAGGUGGUGCUGUGUACUCUCCAGCUCUUACCGACUUUACCUUCAUGGUACGUGACACAUCAUACUUGUUUGUCACGGGUCCUGAUGUAGUCAAGGCAGUUACAAAUGAAGAUGUGACGCAAGAAGAGCUCGGUGGUGCGAAAGCACAUACUGUUAAGUCAGGUGUUGCACACAACGCCUUUGAAAAUGACAUCGAGGCUUUACAGCGCAUUCGCGACUUUAUGGAUUUCUUACCGCUUUCAAAUCGAGAUCAAGCUCCUAUUCGUCACACCGAUGACCCCAUAACCCGUGAAGACUCAUCUCUUAAUCAUAUUAUUCCUAUUGAUUCCACAAAAGCGUAUGAUGUACGUGAUGUUAUCAUGCGUCUCGUGGAUGAUACCAACUUUUUUGAAAUUAUGCCAGACUACGCUAAAAACAUUGUCAUAGGGUUUGCCCGGAUGGGUGGUCAAACUGUUUCUAUUGUUGGAAAUCAGCCAUUAGUAUCAUCGGGAGUUUUAGAUAUAAAUUCCUCUGUGAAAGGUUCUAGAUUUGUUCGAUUUUGUGAUGCUUUUAACAUUCCAAUUAUCACAUUGGUGGACGUACCUGGUUUUCUUCCUGGAACCGCCCAAGAACAUAAUGGCAUUAUUCGCCAUGGUGCCAAAUUACUUUAUGCAUAUGCAGAGGCAACUGUCCCAAAAAUCACAAUUAUCUUGCGAAAAGCAUAUGGAGGAGCUUAUGAUGUUAUGUCUAGUAAACAUCUUCGUGGCGAUAUAAAUUAUGCAUGGCCAACAGGUGAAAUUGCCGUUAUGGGAGCAAAGGGGGCUGUUGAAAUUAUAUUUCGACAUGUUGAAGACCGAACGCAAGCAGAAAAGGAAUAUAUUGACAAGGUUUGUAAUUAUUUCUUUGCUAAUCCGAUACCUGCAGCUCAGCGAGGUUUCCUUGAUGAUGUCAUAUUACCUUCCACAUCACGAAAAAAAAUUAUCGAGGAUUUGGCGGUUUUAAAGCGUAAAAGUUUACCACUUAUUUAUAAAAAACACGACAAUAUGCCUCUAUAA